AUGGCGGAUGCACGGCGGUAUGCCGGCCAGAUUGACCUUCGCCGCCGCGGCCACAAGACCCACAUCUGCGCAGCCUGCGACUUCCCCAUCUCUGUCUACGGCCGCUGCGCCCCCUGCCUCCACGCCUACUGCCUCACCUGCGCAGCCAGCAUGGCGCAGUGCCUCAUCUGCCACGCCCGCAUCACCAAGCUUGAGCGCAUCCCCGCCGAGUCGGGCCUGUUCAUCUCGCCGCUGACGCUGCAGGGGUACCGCACAGAGGCUGACCUGGCAAGGCAUGCACAGCAGCUGGACCAGCAGCUGCGCCAGCUCAUGGCCGCCUCGGCAGGGGCCGCUGGCGGCAUGCCACCCAUGCACCACCUGCAGGCGGCGGCCCCGGGGCAGCCGGGGUGGAAGCCACCGCCGCCGCCGGGCGCGCCUCCUGGCGGCGGUGGCCCCGGCGGCGGUGGCGGGCCGGGCUUUGGCAGGCAGGCGCCGCCGCCGCGCCAGCAGGGCGGCGUCGGCCGGCAGCAGCCCUUCCAGGCGCAGGUGCCGCACCAGCAGCAGGCCAGGCCGCCCCCGAGGCAUGGCGCGGGCGGUGUCAUGAUGCCCCGCUGA